CUUCCCUAUGAAUUCAGAAGGCCAGGCGCACUUGUAGCUGUGGGUCAUUUCAGGAAAUACAUACUCCCUACAUUAUACACAACAAAGUGACCAGAUUUUAUUCCUCUAGCUGUCACCAGUGAGUAAGGACGCCAUUUGACAACCCGGAGCUGUGAAACUGAGAAAAAAAAAACUGAAGCUGAAGGUGCUGAAGAAAAUCUUAUCCCACCAUUUUGUUUUGGACGUCACUGAACUUGGACAGUCUGGUUCUAAUUUCCUUACAAGACAUUAUUCCUGUCACCAGUGAGGACACACCUUGAUAAACAAUAACUGUGAAAACUUAAGAAGUCAAUUUCGUGAAGACGCAGCUGAAUUUCGACGAGUCUAUAGAAGACCUGAAAAUCCCCCAGAAGUCCCCCAGAAGUCCCCCAGCAGACCCCCAACAGACUCCCAAUACACCUCAUUACAGCCUACUUCAUACUACUCAUCAUGGCGACAAAUUCUGGCCAGUCUUUGAUGCUGGGACAAUAUCCCAUCCGACAAAAAGGCAUAGAAAAGUGCCCCAGCCAUAGAGAGAACUCUCUGGUAUUUUUGUGUGGGAAUUGUAAAACUUUAAUAUGCACUACUUGUAGCAUCACUGAACACAAAGAACAUAUAAACAGUUUUGUUGAAAUUAAGAAAGUUGCUGAAAAUCAGAAACACGUACUACAAGAAUUUAUUACUGACACGGAUGUUAAGAUUCCGAAACUUAAAGGAGAAAUAACUUCUGCAAGAACAAAUAUUUCACAAUAUCACCAAAAAUACAGACAAAUUUCUGCAGACAUUAAAAACCAGAGGGAUAGCAGUAAACUGGAAUUAGAGACAAUAGCUAAGAAUUACUUAGAAACAUGUGACAAGUUGGACAAGGAGACCACAGACCACCUUCAGACUCACAUCACAAACCUGGAGGACAGGUUAGACACUUUAGUGAAACUCUCAUCAGAGUGUAAACAGACCCUCCAGACAGGCACUGCUGUACUUGUGUAUGACUCGGUAUCAGAAAUCGUGGACAUGGACUUAGAUAUCCCACAGACACCUAACAUAGACAUGACAGAGUUUACUCCAGGUAAAGACAGACAAAGUCACCUGGAGCUGGCCAUGGGGAAAAUGAAAACUCCUACUGACCAUUUCCAGGUAGGAUCAACACCUAGUGGUCACUCCAAACAAGGUCCAGUUGUGAGACCUAAACAGUCCAAAUCUACAGAGACGGGUCAAGCCUCCACUGGAGCAGUCCUGUACAAACUUUGUGACAGUCCAACUGUCAUAUCUCAGUUCUUAUACCAAAAUGAUAUCAACUCAAUCUGUCCUACAUCUGAUGGACGUGCAUGGCUGUGUUGUUUUAAAACCAACACAGUAAAACUCAUCAACCACAAAGGUAACUUUUUCUCCAACAAACCUAAAGUCAUACAGAAUAUACAGCACAACAGUAACAUCACAGACAUCAGUCUGGACCCCACCACAGGUCGUCUGUGGUUCUGUUGUUUGGAUGAGAGGACUAUUUACGAGGUAUCUACAUCAUCAACACCAGUCACAAGGUUUACUACAGAGGGAUACCCAGUUAGUCUGUGUGUGACUAGGGAGGGUCGGGUAUUGGUGGGUACAUGGGGUAGACAGGGGUACAAAGUGGUGAUGCACACAGCAGACGGCCAGGUGUUACACACAGCCACUGUGGAGGGGUCAGGGGAAGGGGCAGUACAGUCCAUCACACAGUGUGGUGUUACAGGUAACAUAGCUAUAGUAAGUAGUAAACUAAUCAGUAGAGACGGUAGUGAACGAGACAACUACAGGCGUCACAUCAUUGUGUACAACCCAACACUCCAGCCCCUGGUCCACUACGGGGGAGAGGGGAUACCGGCACGGGAGGCGGUCACACCAGACAAGUUUGAUCCAUUAACAGUUGUAUAUGACAGUAAGGGUAAUAUUGUUAUUGCUGACUGGACAAGGGGCACAAUAGAACUGAUAAGUGGAGCAGGGAAGUACAUAAAAACACUUCACACAAACAAAGGACAGGGUAAAAUUGGUAUACAGAAGGAUGAUGUGUUGUGGUCACGCUUAGUGUUAGAUACAGGAGAGAGGGGACUCAAACUUCUAAAGUAUUACAGUGACUGAGGAGUGACUAAACCUGGAGUGAUGAUCCAGACAAAUUAUACCAAAUAAAUACAAAAAGACGUUAAUUCUAACAUUAAACUUUGACCGUUGUUAUUAUGAUCUUAUACACUUGAUCAACACUUAUACAGACUAACAAUAUCAUGUUUGAGGAAUUAAUGUAAACAUGUCACAGGUUUAUUGUUUACAGGUUUUGUAAAUAGUUUCUGUUACAACUCCAGUUUAGAAGUGUCAUUUCAAAAUAUUGUCAUCAUUAAUUUUUACAAAUCAGUCAUGCCGGAUCAUCUGACAGGUCCAUUUAUUCUAGUGUGAAAUAUGUUCUUUUCAAUCUUCAGGGAAAAUGUCAUUGAUUUCAAAAACCUGCAAUGAAAUCUGAAAUCAGCGUCUCUGUACUAAUGACUUGUUUUCUAGGUGUAUAACCUGACUUCCCUUAUAUCCUCAAGUAGACUUCGAAAAACCUGAUCUACUCAUAAAUAUUGGGCAUGGACCUUGUGUACAUAUCGAAGGACAUCAAAAACAGUAAAUCUGCUAUGCUGAACUACCCAGUAGUGAAGUGGGGUAAACCACUCAAGCGAACAGAAAAAUCACUGAUUGUGUCACUAACACAGUUCCAAUAUACAAGUAUUGUCAUCAUUCAUUGUUAUAUAUCAGCUAUUUCCCAAAUAUCAGGUCCAUUUAUUUAUGUCUAUUAUAUGUUCUUUUCAAUAUUCAAGAACACGGUCAUUGAUUUCAAAAACCUGCAAUGAAAUCUGAAAUCAAGGUCUCUGACUUAAAUGGACCUGUUCUCUAGGUGUAUAACUUCCCUUAUACCACACCUAAAGUGACCUAUGAUUGAGGUUUUAAUUUUGUUGUUACAUGAAGAGAUAUAGAUUUUUAUUGGACAGAUCAAUGAAAUGUUUGCUGUGAGUGUGUGUAUGAGUCAGAAUCUCUGAACGUGUUGUUGAAUAGGGUCACCUAAGCACUUAGAUAUAUUUUGGUCUGAAAGUUAAGAAGAUGCCUCACAAAUAUCAGUAAAGAAAUUAUUAUGUAUGCCAUGUAAGUGGUGUGACAGUGAGUGACAACAAAGAUGUUUGAUGUUGUUUUUAUUGUUACCAUUGUAAAUCCUUUGUUCUAUUUUACAUCAAUGUUUCUGUAAUCCACUGAUAUUUCCUGUGAUCCAUAUUUUCACAUUAAUUGGUAAGGGGAGGCAAUCAUAAGUACAAGUAUAGUACUUGUAAAUAGUAUGUUCAUCACACUUAAAGGACUCAAGCAACUAAAUCAUUAAAUAUACGCUAUUACAUUUUUUCAACUUUUCUUUUAGAACAAUGGAAUUCAUAGCUACCUUUCUUAUCUUAGUACUGAUAUAUUUUUUAUGUUUAUUGAUUUUGUAUUUUAUUACAUGUUUACCAGUGAAUUGUUAUUAGUAGACAUUUUUUCACAGUGAAGUUGAACUGACCAAUCAGAGAGCAGCAUUUAAUGAAAAAAUAACAAAAUGAAAUAUGAUUGUGAUGUUAUAAUCAAGUGGACAAUCGAAAAUCUUUUAGUUUGAUACAUAAUUGAAUCUAAGGUUUUUCAACAGCUGUGGUUCAUAAGUUCUUUCUCACUAACAGAGAUUUAAGUAUAUUAUUUGUAAAUGUUAUUUUACUUUAAAUCAAUAAUAUAAUAAACUUGUUUAAAAAGUU